CGUUCUUCCAUGCGGUUGGUUUCAUUGAAUUUGUUUGGCUAACUUUUAAUUCAUCGGAAGUUUCCGUGUUUCGCAUUGCAUGUUAAUAUACUUGCAGAAUCUUUAUGUUUCAGUGUUAAAUAAAAUCAAAGGAAUGAAAUGUUUGAAACAUAAAUUUUCGCUUUUCAAAUGCUGUAUUGCAUUUGCCGUUUUCCCACUUUUCAGUUUCAUAUAACACUGCUUUGCGGCUAAAAAGUUAACGAGUUUUAAUAAUAUUUCCUUUUUUUUUAAUAAGGACACCAGAUCAUUUCAAUUGUUUCUCUUUGUCGUAUUAAAUCGACGCGGUGUUUUAAAAUCCUAUUAUAUUUUGAGAAUAUUUAUGAAAAAUAAAUAUAGGCAAAUAUUAUUCGAUGAUUAAACAUUCUAAAUUCAAUUUCAUUACUUUAAGUUAAAAACGAUUUAAAGAGCUACUUAUAAUUCAAAAGACUGAAUUGACUUCAUUAUGAAUUUAGAAAAACAGAUAAAUUCUUUGUACCUUUCUACGAAAACAACUCCUGCUUAUUUAUUACAUUUCUGGAUAAAACUUCAGUGAUUCGCUUAGAAUGAAUUAUUCCUACAAUGCGACCCUCGUCUCUUUGGAUCCGGACAUUGAGAUAGUAUGGUAUCUCGACAUGGAAGGAUCAAUCCGCAUACCUCUUUAUAGCUUAAUAUUUCUGAUAGGACUUGUCGGCAAUAUUCUUGUAAUUGUUACUUUAGUAAGAAACAAGCGACUACGAAUUGUGACUAACGUCUUUUUACUGAACUUGGCAGCGAGUGACCUCCUGCUCGGGGUUUUCUGUAUGCCAAUUACUCUGAUAGGAACUUUAUUGAGAGGGUUUGUAUUUGAUGAGAUUAUGUGCAAGUUCAUCUCUUACGCCCAAGGUGUAACAGUUGCAGUGAAUGCUUGGACUCUUGUUGCCAUAUCUCUGGAAAGAUUCUAUGCUGUUUGCGAGCCCCUUCGUUCUCGACGUUGGCAGACCUCAACACAUGCUUCAAGAGUUGUCAUCAGUAUAUGGAUAGUGUCGUGUUUCAUAAUGUCGCCUAUCGCUUGCGUAGCAGAGCUCUUGCCAACACAGCCCGCUGGAAAAUAUAAAUGCCGUGAAAGUUGGCCCAAUAACUUAUGGGAGAGAUAUUUCAACUUGUUUCUGGAUUGCAUCCUUUUGGUUGUACCAUUAAUCAUCAUGGCAACCGCUUAUCUACGCAUUGGUUUAGUUCUCAGGAGAGAAAUCCUGGAAGUGUCGGAAACAGAUGUGUUUGCUAGAACACCAAGUGGUCCACAAUAUUGCAGUAGCCAAUUAUCAUCAUCCAAUGAUUGCGCCUUGUGCAGGCCACAUAAAUUUAACUUCAUAGAGCCAAAGGUGUGUACCCAUUCUUUAGUUCAAGAUGGUUCUACAAGAUCCUCGGCAGUCACCUCGCAAUUUCACUCUGGACAUUUCUAUAGUACCACUGAAAGUAUAUCUGCUGUGAAUCUGAAUGUGAACCGCAACAACCUAGAUCGCCGGUUAGCUAUAAAAAAGAGAGUUACAUGUAUGCUUUUCGUCAUUGUCUUAGAGUUUUUUAUUUGCUGGACUCCAAUUUAUGUUGUAAAUACUGUAUCUACUUUCGAACCUGAUUUCAUUUACAAAGAUGUUGGAUACUUCACCAUAUCAUUUCUUCAUUUGCUGUCUUAUGUAUCUUCCUGCUGUAAUCCCAUAACAUACUGUUUUAUGAAUCGAAAUUUUCGAAGGGAAUUUUUGCAAACAUUCACAAAAUUUUGUUUUUUGUUAAACCCUUCCUCUUCAAGAAGAAGUUCUAGAAGUAAUCCUAUUCUUAGUUAAUAAAAAAGACUAAUAUAUUGAAAAUGUAUUGCAUUGUUUCUUGAUAUCGGAAUUAGGUGGGAGAGCCCGAGAAGCUAAAAAUUA